UCAGGCGACGUCGUUGAUGACUUUAUGAUCGAACACCUGCGAAUAUCUUCAUUUCAGACGAAAAACAUCUUUACGAGUAAAGUCAUUGUAUUGGCACCAGCAGUCAUCAUGCUGGCCAUAUCGAAAAAUAAAAGACGCAAGACACCACUUCAGGAUGCUAAGCAUCACAUUUCUUCCAAAACAGACAAGCCUGGGCUUCAGGAGAAAUUUAUUAAUCAAUAUAAAGGACGUGGCGUUUUCACCACUGAAGCUUUUUUCAGAGGUGAUUUUGUCCUUGAAUAUAGAAGUGAACUUCUAAGUUCAAAGGAUAGUCUUGCUCGAUCUGAACAGUGCAGUGAAGUUGAGAACACAUUCUUGUUUGAUUUUCAGUGGCGUGGCAAACAUUGGUGCAUGGAUGCAUCUAAGGAAGAUGGAUCUUUGGGAAGACUCGUCAAUGACGAGCACAAAUAUCCUAACUGUACUAUAAAAACAGUCGAAGUGAACCAGCAACCCCAUCUGUGUCUUUUUGCUGUCCGAGACAUCGAACCAGGAGAAGAAAUUAAUUACAGCUAUGGAGACUCAGAUUGGCCUUGGCGAGCCAAGGCCAGAGAAUCCAGUGUCAGCGGUUUGGGUCCACAGAAAGAGGAAUUGGGUGAUAAGACCUUAGGCACUGCGGACGAUUGCAGUUUUCAUCCCUCUACAUCAGAGAAUCAAUGUGUUAAUCCUUCAUCAGACAAAGAGAAAGAAUUGGGUGAUAAGACCUUAGGCACUGCGGACGAUUGCAGUUUUCAUCCCUCUACAUCAGAGAAUCAAUGUGUUAAUCCUUCAUCAGACAAAGAGAAAGAAUUGGGUGAUAAGACCUUAGGCACUGCGGACGAUUGCAGUUUUCAUCCCUCUACAUCAGAGAAUCAAUGUGUUAAUCCUUCAUCAGACAAAGAGAAAGAAUUGGGUGAUAAGACCUUAGGCACUGCGGACGAUUGCAGUUUUCAUCCCUCUACAUCAGAGAAUCAAUGUGUUAAUCCUUCAUCAGACAAAGAGAAAGAAUUGGGUGAUAAGACCUUAGGCACUGCGGACGAUUGCAGUUUUCAUCCCUCUACAUCAGAGAAUCAAUGUGUUAAUCCUUCAUCAGACAAAGAGAAAGAAUUGGGUGGUAAGACCUUAGGCACUGCGGACGAUUGCAGUUUUCAUCCCUCUACAUCAGAGAAUCAAAGUGUUAAUCCUUCAUCAGACAAAGAGAAAUGCCCCCAUGAAGUUCACUGUUCGGUUAUCUCCUGUUUGGAUUCUUGUGAAGACUGCAGUGGACCUGUGUCAAGUCGAAGAUGGCUUGGGUUAACGUGCACAUUAUGUUCAAGAUCAUGGCACAAAACCUGCUUCCUGAAAAAAGGUGAAAUGCUCAAUGACGAAUUGUCCUGUUCUGAAGAUAUCAGCUCUGAUGAAGAAUAUACUCCUCUAUCCUCUGAUGACUUCAUUCCAGAUUCUAGACAAAAUAGUGAUAGUGCAGAAAGUCCACCAUAUUUUAAUAGUACACCAGCUGUUGUCAAGUCUUCCAAGAUUGCAAAGAAUGUGCCAAAACCCACUUACUUAUUGUGA